CAUUUCUCCUGUUGCUGCAGCUUUCGCACAAGUUUGCCUGUUGUGCGAAGUGGUUGCUGGAGAAAUUUUGAUUCAUCAUGCCGCUCGAGAAUCUGGAAGAAGAGAGCUUGGAAAAGAAUCCCAACCUCGAGUUAGCGCAGAUAAAGUUUGUGCUCGCCCAUCAUGAGCCCGGCAACGACAAGCUGAAGCAGGAUCUCAUGUCCGCGAUCACCGAGCAUAACAUGGCACCCUUCUACGAGGAGACAUGCGCCGAGCUGGGCUGGCCCGUGGACCAGCGUUUCCUGAACAACAUGAAGACUGCCAAUGCGACCGAAAUUGAAAAGCUUGAUUCGGCAAUCGAGGAUGCCGAAAAGAACUUGAGUGAAAUGGAGGUCCGGGAAGCACACCUUGCCAAGGCUGAGUACCUGAGCCGCAUUGGUGACAAGGAGGCUGCGUUGACGCAGUUGCGCAAGACGUAUGACAAGACGGUAUCGCUGGGCCACCGAUUAGAUCUGCUGUUCCACCUGAUCCGCCUUGGACUGUUCUACCUGGACCAUGACCUCAUCACCCGCAACAUUGACAAAGCAAAGAGCCUGAUCGAGGAAGGUGGUGACUGGGACCGUAGGAACCGUCUCAAAGUGUACCAGGGUCUGUACAGCUUGGCAGUGCGGGACUUCAAAGCAGCUGCGGCCUCCUUCCUGGACACUGUGUCCACCUUCACCUGCUACGAGCUGAUGGAUUACCAGCGCUUCGUCACCUACACCGUGCUCGUCAGCAUCAUCGCUCUGCCGCGAGUCGAGCUUCGCGAGAAGGUUGUGAAGGGUUCUGAAAUUCUUGAAGUCCUGCACGGUGUUCCUGACAUCAGCGAGUAUCUGUUCUCCCUCUACCGUUGUCAAUAUGCGGUCUUCUUUAAGAAGCUAGCUCACGUGGAACAGCUGCUCCAGCGUGACCGGCUGUGGGCUCCACACGUGCGCUUCUACGUGCGCGAAAUGCGCAUUCUGGCCUACUCCCAGCUGCUAGAGUCCUACCGUAGUCUGACGCUGCAGUACAUGGCCAAUGCUUUUGGCGUAACCGUCGCCUUCAUCGAUCAGGAGUUGGCUCGGUACAUUGCCGCUGGGCGACUGCACUGCAAGAUUGACAAGGUCGGCGAAGUGGUCGAGACCAAUCGGCCAGACAGCAAGAAUUACCAGUAUCAGGCUUGCAUCAAGCAAGGAGACAUCUUGUUGAACAGGAUACAGAAGCUGAGUCGCGUAAUUAAUAUCUAAGCCCAACCCGCAGAGGCAAAUAAAUGCGUUUUUGAUGUCCA